GGCCGACAGGGAUAUUUUGCUGUCAUCCUUUGGCAUCAUUCCCCCAUUUCAUCCUCGUUCAGCCCUUUGAUAGACGGUUCAAAAUGUUAGCCAAGGCGCCAUUACGAAAGAAAAGAAAUUUCAAAAACCUGACUCUGGAGGAAUCGCCCGUCAUCGUCCAAGCUGCUGACGGAUCACCAGCAGCAGCAAAAUCAGGAAAGAGUUUGGAAGAAUAUAGUCAGUUCUGUGAACGAUUGAGCGACCUGGAGAUUGGUCUCGAGCUACGACUCGAUCUUCGUAGUGAGGAUUUCUCUGAACUGGACGAACUGGGUCGUGGUAAUGGCGGUACGGUCUGCAAAGUACUGCAUGUCCGCACCAAGACGGUCAUGGCCAAGAAGACCAUUCACGUCGAUGCCAAUUUGAAUGUUCGAAAACAAAUCAUGCGGGAAAUGCAGUUCAUGCAUGACUGUAACUCAAAACAUAUAGUCAGCUUUUACGGAGCGUAUAUGAACGGUGGCGAUAUUUUGAUAUGCAUGGAGUAUAUGGACGUUGGGUCAUUGGAUAAGAUAUACAAGAAAAAUGGUCCUAUUCCCAUGGAUGUCCUGAAGAAGAUUGCAUACGCCAUCGUCGAUGGCCUUAUAUACCUAUACGAUAACCACCGCAUCAUUCAUAGAGAUCUCAAGCCCUCAAAUGUCCUGGUUAAUUCUCAAGGUCAAAUUAAGAUAUGUGAUUUCGGUGUUUCUGGCCAAUUGAAUAAGAAUUCUGUAGCAGACACUUUUGUCGGCACAAGUUCCUACAUGAGUCCGGAGCGGAUUCUGGGUUCGCCUUACUCAGUCAAAUCAGAUGUUUGGUCUCUAGGUAUCACACUCAUGGAACUUGCACUUGGAAGAUUUCCUUUCCCUCCCGAUGGUGGAUCUUUGGCGAUUUUUGAGCUGUUACAACAUAUCGUCCAUGAGCCCGUUCCAACAUUGCCGGAAGGAAAGUUCCCUGCCAAUUUCCAAGACUUUGUUUCCAAGUGUGUGGCAAAGGAUGUGACGCAGCGUGCAACACCAAGCGAAUUGAUGAAACAUCCAUACCUCGUGUCAUCAUUAACUGAAAAGGUGGAUUUGGAAAAAUGGGCACAGAGUCAAGCAAGGUAAACAUGCCAUCCGACCUCAUCCAAACUCCCUCCUUCAAGCGCAAGAAAAUGGAUAUCCCCCUCCCUCACCUUUGCAUUAAAUAGAAACCCCCAAAAAAGUGUGUGUGCCUGCAAGUAAUUUUUUUCAUUGCCCUCUGUGUAGAGCACGUGAUAAGUGAAUUUGGUUCCUUCCCCUUUAGUU